AUGCUUAAUCUUUCAAAUUAGAAACACUUAAAUAGUAUUAAUAAAUUUAUUCAUCAGAUAAUGAUUUGAUAUAGAAUAUAGGAAAUAAAAUAACAAAAAGAGAAGAAUUAAUCAAUAUUGAUAUGUAAAUGAAGGGAAAAUAUAAGAUGAUGCUUUGGUCAAAAACUUAAUUGGAAAGAGAUAGUAUUACCUUAGAGAAAGUAAAAAAUAAUUCUAUUUUUUAUUUGAUUCAAAUGAAUAAAUAUUAAAUCAACAAUAGAGUAUCAUACAAUCAUUAAGUAAAUUUGAAUAGAUUAUUGCAAUUUAUUGUUUAAAUGUUCAACAUUUAUAUAAUAUAUAAUAGAUUUGAGUUAUGUGAAUAUCAAAUAGAAUGCUUAGUGGAUUAAUUUUUGUUGGAGUCUUGGUUUUAGGUAAUUUAUUAUUAUUUUCUUGUUUAUUUUAUUAAUGGAAAUUAUAGAUUGUAUAAAUUAAGAUAUUUGAAAUGUUUUAAUGAGUAGAAAGGUGUUUAUUAAAAAAAUAGUUUUGAUAUAAAUAAUAAUAAUGUAUCAGCUUACAAAAUAAUUGGUUGAU